AUAAAAGCAGGAAGGCCCCAGAAGCUGCAAAAUCCCAAAGCAUCACACUUGUGAGCCAGUGAGCCACACUGUCCACACUCUCCCCACUUCACUGCAGCAACUCGGCGACCACUUGGGAGCCAUGGCUCCCCAGCUCCUCCUCGUACUCGUCUUCCUCCCGGCACUCGCCGCCGGCCACCAGCACCCCACCUCCUACGGCUCCUCCGCGCUCUCCGAGUGGCGCUCCGCCAAGGCCUCCUACUACGCCGCCGACCCCGAAGACGCCAUCGGUGGGGCGUGCGGGUUCGGGGAUCUGGGGAAGCACGGGUACGGGAUGGCGACGGUGGGGCUGAGCACGGCGCUGUUCGAGCGCGGCGCCGCGUGCGGCGGCUGCUACGAGGUGAAGUGCGUGGAGAACCUCAAGUACUGCCUCCCCGGCACCUCCAUCGUCGUCACGGCCACCAACUUCUGCGCCCCCAACUACGGCCUCCCGGCCGACGCCGGCGGCCACUGCAACCCGCCCAACCACCAUUUCCUCCUCCCCAUCCAGGCAUUCGAGAAGAUUGCGCUCUGGAAGGCCGGCAUCAUGCCCAUCCAGUACCGCCGUGUAAAGUGCCUUCGUGAAGGCGGUGUCAGGUUCUCUGUCAACGGUCGGCACUUCUUCUUCACAGUCCUAAUCAGCAAUGUUGGUGGCGCGGGCGAUGUUAGAUCGGUCAAGAUCAAAGGAACAGAGUCCGGAUGGCUCUCAAUGGGCCGCAACUGGGGCCAGGUAUGGCACAUCAACUGUGACAUGAGGGGGCAGCCCCUGUCAUUUGAGCUGAGCUCAAGCGAUGGCAAGACGCUGACCAAUUUCAAUGUCGUGCCCAAGGAGUGGGAAUUUGGCAAAACUUACACCGGGAAGCAGUUUCUGCUGUAGAGAGGCAGUACCGCAAGAUCACCUUACAAUUACUCUCUUUUUUUCUUAUCCUACGAGUUGUAUUGUGCUGUAUAUUCCUCUGCAGAAGAAGUAUCAUUAGGAAAAAAAAAAUUAGUGCAGAGCCUCAGAUAGUUGCUCUACUUAUGCUUAUAAAUGCUUUUUCAUGUACCCUUGAUAUUUGUUCUACAGAGUCUUGAUGUAUCAUUCAAGAUAGAUGGCCGUAUUUUGGUGUCUUCAUUGUAUGACAGUGUUCAUAUCAGGCAAGCAAUGAUAGUGCGUCUGCAUUUCUGUGCUUGUAACAUGUCAUAUGAACAGCAACUCCUUAACCUUUUGCUUUUGUUUACCAAUCAGAUUUGCUAAA